CUCUCUCUCUCUCUCUCUCUCUCUCUCUCUCUCUCUAGAUAGCUAGCUAUGAACAUAAAAAACAGUUCUACUAGUACUAAGGAGAAGAAGGAUAAGAAGAUGAUGAGCAUGAGGGGCUUCAUGUGCCAGUCUCCGGCAGCGACCGCGGUUUGUAUGAGUAGAGCCGAUGCUCGCUCAGUUAUGGUGCCUAGAAGAUCAUCUACUAGUAGUCUUAAUAAUAAUUUUGAUAUUAAUUUCAAUCGCACACACUACACAAGAUCAUUGCUCAACAGCAACAAAUACUACUACUCCAGGCUCCUCACUUCUCCUCCUCCUCCUCCUCAUCAUCAUGUUCAUGAUCAUGACAAAAUAUCGCCCUUAUUAAUUAUGCCGUCCACCAGCAAACAAGUGGGAGCUGAUCAUCAUCAUGAUCUUCUUCCUCUUACCCAUCAGCAGCCAAUGUCCUCAAAGUCGAUCGAAAAAAGACCGUCCUCUCAUUCAGAUUCAGUCCGGCCUUCAUCCGCCGACGACAAUGUCUUCCAGGUGGUUGUUAUGAGAGUUUCUCUUCACUGUCAAGGAUGUGCUGGUAAAGUGAAGAAACAUCUUUCUAAAAUGGAAGGAGUUACAUCAUUCAGUAUCGACCUAGAGACAAAGAUGGUAACAGUUAGAGGACACGUGUCACCAUCUGCGGUGAUGGAAAGCAUUUCAAAAGUGAAAAAAGCAGAGUUAGUGCCCUCUUGAAUCCAUUCAUUCCAAGGUCAUCCCAUAUGGAAGUAAAAGUGGAUCCAAUUUUAAUAUUUGCCAUUACCUCCGUUGUGGGUAAAACAUUCCAAAAGGUGGUCCUCCAUAAAAAAAAUAAAA